UUUUCCGCCAAUCAGCGCCCUCCGUGUGCGUCACGUCACCGCAGGAGGAAGUGCGCUGCCUCGGGAGCGCUUGCAGACUUUCCUCACAGUGAGGUUAUUUUCCCGCAGGAGUAAACAUGACAGACCCCAGUAAACACGACAUCACCGCCGUCCUCAAGCGCCUGCGGUCCGUCCCCGCGAACAAGGUGUGUUUUGACUGCUCCGUGAAGAACCCCAGCUGGGCGAGCAUCACAUAUGGUGUCUUUCUCUGCAUCGACUGCUCAGGGACACACCGCUCACUGGGAGUUCACCUGUCCUUCAUCAGGUCCACUGAGCUGGACUCGAACUGGUCCUGGUAUCAGCUGCGCUGUAUGCAGGUGGGAGGCAAUGCCAGCGCGAGUGCCUUCUUCAGUCAGCACGGCUGUACCGCCAGCGCAGCCAACGCCAAAUACAACAGCAGAGCAGCGGCGCUGUACCGCGAGAGAAUCAAGAGUCUGGCCACGCAGGCCACCCGGCAGCACGGCACAGAGUUAUGGCUGGACGGUCAGGCUCCUCUGUCACCCACAUCAGCCCUCGACAAACAGGAGGACUUCUUCACCCAGCACACCCAGACUCCCCUGAAGGAAGCACUCAGUGUCCAGCUGAACACCAGCCAACCACAGAACACCGUUCAGGAUAAGAAUAAUAACGGUGAGAGUGAGGUGGGUCCCAGUGUGGAGCAGCUCAGUGUGUCUCCUUCAUCUGCCGCAGAGCUGUCCUCUCUGAUCAAGAAGAAACCCACCACAGGAAAGAAAGCGGCGGGCAGCAGGAAGGCGGGUCUGGGCGCUCAGAAGGUCAGCAGUCAGAGCUUCAGUGUGCAGCAGAAGAGAGCUCAGGCCGUAGACCGACUGCAGGAGGAGAGGAGCUCGCAGAAGAGCAGCGCUGAGCCCGAAGUGUCGUCUCUGAGCCGCGCGUGCGAGAGUCUGGAGCUGCAGCGGAGGAGAGAGCAGGCCCAGCUGAGCCGUCUGGACAGCAGGAAGCAGGAGCAGGCGGAGCGGCUCGGCAUGGGCUUCGGCGGACGCAGCAGUCUGUCUCACUCGAUGACGGAGGACAUGCAGAUGAUCCAGCAGGAGUCUCCGGCUCCCAGCUCCUCCAGCAGGAGCGUGUAUGAGGAGGACGAGGAGCAGCAGGACAGGCGCUUCUCCUCCAGGCUCCUGGAUGAAGCCGAGGGAUCGCCGGAUCGGUUCUUCUCCAAGCAGACCGAUGUCUACCUGGACCCCGACGACAGGGCCUCCGCCAGGAGGAGGGAGCCACAGGACGUGUCUGACGACGCUCAGAGGAAGUUCGGCGACGCCAGAGCCAUUUCAUCCGACAUGUUCUUCGGGAAGCAGGACCACUCGGAGUAUGAGGUUCGGGCGCGGCUGGAGAACUUCUCGGGCAGUUCAGCGCUCAGCUCAGCCGAUCUGUUCGACGAGCAGAAGAAGUCAGCAGCGGCGUCCUCCGGCUCCUACAGCUUGAGCAGGGUUCUGCCGGCCGUGCCGGACAUGACGCAGUUCAGGAGCGGCGUUCGUUCGGUGGCCGGGAAGCUGUCGGUCAUGGCCAGCGGAGUCGUGUCCACCCUGCAGGAGCGCUACAGCACAUGAGUCCUGAGGAGUCCGCUCUACAGUCGUCAGCAUCCGUGGGUUUGACUGGAUUUGUUGGUUUGAUGUCGCAGCUUGAGUUCUGACUGAAACGCGUCGUCGCUUGAUCACCUGGGGACCAAAACUCUUGUUUGUUUGAGGUGAAACGCUCAGAUUGCACUAUCCUUCAGCUGUGUUUGUGUACGGUCAUGAAGAAAGAGCACAUGGUCACACGCUCGCGUGAUGCUGUUCUCAAAGAAAAGCUUUAUAUGAUGUGUAAUGUAGCACUGCAUAUGUGAUGAAGAUGAUGAAGAUGAUGGGCUCGUUUCACACACUACUAACGUGACAAUCGUUCAUCUGAAGCCUUGUGCAUCUCAUUGCCUUAUCUGUGUUUGUUUGUGGUAUCUAUGUGUAUCUCGCUUUGUCCUUUCUGAACACAGGGGUCUUUAAACGCGGUGGGUGAUGGUUUAACUCAAUAAAGAUCAGACUUGGUAAGAAA